AUGGUCAACAUCACCUACGUCGAUGUACUGCGACUCGCGGCCAGCUUCGACUACGCCAAAAGUCUCGAUUCGAUUACCAAUGCAUCAACUGAUCACGUCUCCUUGUUGGCGUACGAGCGAUCUUUCGCCGACGAUGUGAUUGGGACAAAUUCGACUCAGAGGCUGGUUGCUGAGCUCCCUUUCGAUGCUUUUCACGAAGCAGGCGUGUACAAUCAAGCGACAGGCAAGAUUUAUGCGACUUCAAAUUGGGCUGGCUCUCUCGACAACCCAAUCAACGUGACGAUCAUCGACCCAAAGACCGGCGAUGUCAGCUUCACUCGUUACGACAAUGUCGCAGAGGCCAAUGGGGGUGCUGCAUUCUAUCCUGUCGGGACUCCAGUCAACAGCAGCGAAGGACAACAGAUCGUUUUCUGCGAUCAAGGCGACAUCAACAACCACCGAAGUCAACUCACCGUCGUCAAUCCAGCCACAAACGAGACGAAGGUCAUCCUGAACAACUUCCUCGGCGGCAAUUUCUCCUCGCUCAAUGAUGUGAUCCAACACCCUUACACGGGCGACCUCUGGUUCACCGACGCACGCUACGCUUACUGGCAGAAUUUUGGUCUAGAGCCAUCCAUCCGUCCCCAAGUCUACCGCUUCGAGCCUAACACCGGCGUUGUUCAAGCAGUAGCCGACUCCUUCGUUGCUCCUAACGGCAUUGAGUUCUCUGUAGACUACAAACACGUCUAUGUCACAAAUACCGGAAUGCCCCAUCAACUAGUCGAAGACAAUGCCACGAAUCCAGCCACGAUUUAUCGCUUCGACAUCACUCCUGACGGCAAGCGUUUGGAGAAUCGCCAAGUGUUCGCUUACACUAGUGUUGGGAUUCCUGAUGGUAUCCAUACCGAUACCAAGGGCAAUGUCUACUCGGCAGUAUCAGAUGGCAUACAUGUUUGGAACAAGGAAGGUGUACUGAUUGGCAAAUUCGGGGUUGGCGGAAAAGGUGUGAAUAAUUUCAUUUUCGCUCCUGGUGGGAUUUACAUUAUGAAUGCAUAUAAGCUUUGGUACGUCAGUAUCAAAGCUGAGGGAAGGACUGUGAGGAGAGAUUGGGGGUUGUAG